CAUUAGUUUACAGCAAGACCUGUGCAUUUGCAGUAUCCUGACCUCUCACUGCCUGUAAUCUGAUUUGUUUCACAACAGCACUCUUGUAAGCAAGUGCGUGAGAGAGACUGAAAGAAACGUUUGUGAAUGCGGGCCAAUCUAACUCACUGAUGUCACGUGAAAUUUAACAGAGGCACAAGACAAAGUCCGAUUUCUCUACAUGCAACUCUUGCACUCACUGUUUGCAGAUUUAAGACAAAUGAUAGUUAUACAGACGGCGAUAACUGGGAAUCAACAACAUAAAACUUUCUGGAAGCAUCUGUUUGUGGAUCUAGGCAGCUGAGAUUCUUCUGUUGAUGUGAGUGGAACCAAACUAUCUAUCUUAACUAAACUAACUCUCUGAAUAUACAUCUGGAUUUAAAAGGCCAUCAUGGUGUCGUCUGGUACUUCACUGAUUGCGGUUACGCUACUUUCAAUGAUGCCAAUUGUGAAAGGAAGACAAGAAAGUGAAACUCAACAAAAAGGCUUCUCUGUACACACAACUAAGACUCAUACCAUGAUGUUUAACAUCCCAAACACCGAACGAAAUGAAAUACAUGAGAGCUUGGAUGAUGUUUCUCUAGAUGAGUCUUUAAACGUGCUCAAGAGUCUAGAAUUUUAUGCUAGUGCUGAUGAUUUUUCAAGAAGCACUGUGGCUGAAUCAAGUGAUAUGCAUUCAGCAGCUGAUUCCACAACAACUAGAUCUGCAUGUAAUGAAAUGAAUUGCAAAGAUGAUAAUAUUGUCCACAAGGAGCCAGAGAUGGCUAUUACUGGGUAUGAGGACUUGAAUAAGGUGGGAUGUGAUGGUGAAUGCAUAAUUAAUUCAUUGUCUAACACCUCUGACGGCCUGGAUGAUACGGCUAGUGAAGAUCCAGUGGUCAUCACACAUCUCGGGCGAGUUCAAGGCCGUACUUUGGACAAAGCUCACGUGUUUUAUGGGAUUCCAUAUGCCGACCCUCCUGUGGGAGAAAAACGCUGGACUCCACCUUCACCCGUGUCACCUUGGUCGUACACGUAUAAUGCCACAUUUCCCCGUCCCGCGUGCAUGCAGGUGUGUGCUGGAGAGUUCUCUCGGCUGUGUCCUCCUAUGGUUAGCGAGGACUGCCUGUAUCUAAAUGUGUUUGUACCUGUGAGCGUCAACCUGUCGUUGCCAAUAGUAACAGCACUUCCAGUGAUGGUGUGGAUUCAUGGUGGCGACUUCAUCGCUGGCUCGGCCUCUAAACCUCUGUAUGAUGGCCGCUUCAUCAGUAACUAUAGCAACACAGUGGUUGUAAACAUGGAAUAUCGUCUUGGUGCAUUUGGCUUCUUAGUCACAGGCAAAGAUCCUGAGAGCUCUGCAGUGGGGAAUUAUGGGAUUCUAGACCAGCAGGCAGCAUUGCGCUGGGUCCAAGAAAAUAUUGCUGCUUUUGGAGGAGACCCAAAUAAGGUCACACUGUUUGGCGAGAGCGCUGGAGCCCAAUCAGUGUGUCUUCAUCUGAUGAUGGAGAGCAGUGAGUCCUUGUUUAGACAUGCAGCAAUACAGAGUUUACCAUUCUCUUUGCCACUGAAAACCAGAUGGGAUGCUGUGAAAUUGGGCUGGGAUUUUGCUAAACUAACUAAUUGCUCAGCAUUUGAUCUGCCCUGCCUGCGCUCUCUCAGUUCACAUGCUGUACUCAACGCACAGGCUAAAUCAGGUUCUAAGAUCAUCAACCCCUUCCAUUUCCUGGAGGUCUUUGAGACAUGGGGGCCAUUCAUUGAUGGAGAGCUGAUCCAGGAACAGCCAAUCACAGCCUUCCAAACAGGCCGCUGGCAGAGUUACAAGCCUAUUAUACUAGGUACAACCUCUGAGGAAGGCGUGAUCUUUGCGUAUGGCGUUUUCAACCAGUCCGUGUCGAUGCUGGAAUGUGUGCUCUACACUGUCGCCAUUUUUAAGCAACAUGCGCUCAGAAUUCUGCACAAAUACAUUCCUUUCUACCGAAACCAGGACAGAAGAGUAAUGCUUUCACAGAUUGUGACGGAUUAUGUGUUUCUGUGUCCGGCUCGAUUGUCUGCUCGUUCUGGAGUAAGAGCUGGCGGAUCUGUUUGGUUGUAUGUAUUCGACCACGCUCCAUCAGAUCCCAACAUAUGGGCGGGGCUUCCGUUCUGCUACAAUCACACCUGCCAUGGGGCAGAACUUCCUUUUCUGUUUGACUCCGCCCCCAGCACAAACUUCACACUUACACCUCAAGAGAGCCUUUUGGCCAAUCGAAUGGCAUGCUACUGGGGAACGUUUGCCCACACGGGGGACCCAAAUUCUCAAAGUGAACAGACGCACUUCUGCAGAAAGCAGAGGCUUGCUGUUUGGCCACGGUACACGGCUACAGAGGGCUGGCCCAUCCUGAACCUGACUCUACAGUCACACCCACAACACGGGGACAGGGACCAUUUCUGUGACUUCUGGGAUCGUCUGGACAUCUAUUGAGGGGAGGAGGUUGAGCUGGGUGAAAGACACACAAGAUCGUGGUUCUGACCACAUCUAACUAUAUCUAAUAACUAACAAAUUUGACAAAUCUAUUCAUACAUAUAUAAUCAUUGACAGACUCAAGAAUGUUAUACGUUUUAACCGGUGUUUUGUUUUGCUCUAUCCUCUGCCUUUCCGCGUUCGUCAAUACGUCAUGCGUCGGGUCAGAGUUCACCUUUUGGUCGGAACUCGACUUGUCUCUUGUGACUUUACUGGAAGCUAGUGAUUAUAGCACAUAAAGUUAUAAAUAUGGAUAUUUUUCUUACAAAAAUGCAUCGCUUAGCUACAGAAGGCCUUUAUUAACCCUCUGGAGCCGUAUGGAUUACUUUUAUGAUGGAUGGAUGGAUGGAUGGAUG